AUGAUUGCUGCACAAUCAGAGAAAUUUGAGAUCAAAACUAUUGGCUCAAAGCCAAAGUCUAAAAAGUUUGCUGGAACGACCAUCGCCAUCAAAUCUUUCCAUGGAAAGUACCUCACUGCUACACCAGCCGGCGACAUCAGUGCAACUGCACCACAUCUCAAGGAAUGGGAGAAGUUCCAAGUCAACAUGGUACCAAACGAUAAGACACAAGUCGGAUUCAGAAAUUGGCAUGGAAAGUAUGUCUCAGCCAACCCCAAUGGGAAGAUGGAGAAAUGCUCAACUAAUUUCAAAGGUUGGGAAUGGUUCAUCAUAGAAAAGUCACCAGAAAAGAAGAUGUAUACCAUCAAAACACCAACUGGAAAGUAUUUGUCCGCUCAACCAAAUGGCGUUUUGACUGCUGACAAAGCAAUUGCUCAAAGCUGGGAGUGGUUCACAAUUGAGAAGGCACUUUAA